CUCUCUCUCUCUCUCUCUCUCUCUCUCUCUCUCUCUCUCUGUCUCGCACACCCACACCUAGCUUUUCACCUGGAGAGUGCACGCAUACCAGGCGGCAUGCGCUGCAGCAGUUCCCUCUCCUCGCAUCAGCCUCUCUGACUUGCCUCCUGCUAGAGUGCGAAGGGGGACUCUGAGGGAGGACUUUGGAGCUAUUUUUCCCCAGGACCACCAGACGGGGCCGUCGGCCGACACAUAGCAGCACACAACAUGAUUUUGGUGGCCAUGUCUGCGAGUGCGGUCCCGUGUGCUCCACAUAGCUGGCGUGUGUAUUCACACAGAGGAUGCCGGGAGCUCGCCACUGAGGUAUAAAUCGUGGCGGGGCGGCGAUGCCAGCAUUCUUGCGGACCCCAACAGUGAUCCAGCCCCACCUGGACAUGAAGCCCUUCCUGCAGUUCCCCAUGGAGACACCUCCUCCUCCUCCUGCCCCCCCUCCUCUUCCUCCUCCACACAGCUUGGCCCUCUUCCACAACUUCAGCACGAUGGACCCAGUGCAGAAGGCCGUGAUCAACCACACCUUCGGAGUUCCACUGGUCAAGACCAAGCGGCCGGUCAUUUCCUGUAACGUCUGUCAGAUCCGCUUCAACUCAGAGAACCAAGCUGAAGCCCACUACAAAGGAAACCGCCAUGCCAGGAGAGUCAAAGGCAUCGAGACCUCUAAGAGUCGCUGUCAAGAUGGCGACAAGCCUCAGACUGUGACCCCCACCACCUCGCCAUCUCCUCCAGGAGCCCUGGGCACUGCCUCUGAUGGCGAGACCAGCAAACAAGAUGAAACACAGUCUCUGUUAAACGGGACCCCGCUUGCUGCCGGACCGCUCCCCCCUCAGAGCAGCCCACCUCACCCACCCGCAGAGCCGCCCUCCAUAUGUCCCGCCGCUCCCACGGGCUCCACUUCUUCCUCUUUACCAGGCAUCCUCAACUCAGAGCCGCCCCUGAUCUCAGCAUCUACCGGGCCGCCGGCCUCCGGCAGCCCGCCCAGUCCGGAGACGGAAGAGGCCAAGGCAAAGAAGCUGCUGUACUGCUCCUUGUGCAAGGUGGCUGUCAAUUCCUUGUCGCAACUGGAGGCUCACAACAAAGGUACCAAACACAAAACAAUUUUGGAGGCUCGGAGUGGGCUGGGCCCCAUCAAGGCAUAUCCACGCCUGGGUCCCAAGCCCAGUGGGGAGCAGGGAGGUGGCCCGGUGGACCCCAACACUCAGGAAAGAACCUUCCACUGUGAGAUCUGCAAUGUGCGGGUCAAUUCUGAACUGCAACUCAAACAGCACAUAUCAAGUCGAAGGCACCGAGACGGCAUGGCGGGCAAGCCAAACCCCCUCCUCAGCCGGCACAAGAAGCACAGGGGAGCCGAUCUGACGUCUUCUCUGACAUUCACCAAGGGUCUCACCAAAGCGUUGGGGGCUGGCCUGCUCCCCAGCCCCUUAGCAGUCGCCGCGGCCAUGGCCGCGGCCGCUUCCACAAACCCGCUGGCUCUCCGCGCAGCGGCUCCGGCGCCGCACCCGCAUCACCACCUUUUGCAAGGACCGACCCUCAGCCACGCCAUCUUGAGACCGGCCCCGGGGCCCAUCCGCACCACCCACGGGCCCAUCCUCUUCUCCCCGUACUGACACGUUACCCGCUGAUCGGGAUCAGCCACUCCAAAAGCACACUGUGAAGACACAAACAUGAUCCACAGACAACACCUGAUCCAAAUUAUUUAAAUAUGUACUGAGAGAAAAACUUGAGGGAGGAGCAAUCUCUCAUAUUUCCCUUUACCUGAAACCUUUGCUCCAUUUCUGAGACUUACGUGUGAGCUGCAGAUGGAAGAGGUACAUAAUUAUUCCUGAUGCAUUGAACUUCCUGCUACAUCCCGAACCUUCCCAGUUCGCCUACUUUGCUCCCUUGCACUUUGUCCCAAUCAGCCACGGUUGACCGAAUAGCUACAAAAGAAACACGUGUACACCACCAAAACCACACCGGGUUGUUUCUCUCCUCUCACCAUGACAAAAUGUCCUCUUCACAUCUUACUUAAAAAUAAUGUGGUUUUUAUUGAUCGCUUUGCUGAAAUAGUCAACGUUUGGUGUGCUCCACAUCGAGUAGAACGGUGGUAGCUAGUCAUAAUGCAAACGCCCCCCGCAGCCCCUCUUUUUGUAACAGCAACCACAUGCAAUGCAAUGUCUGCUCAAAAGCAGGCGUGAGCUCCCUUGUCAUACCACGAGAAGCUGAAGAGAGAGAAGUGUUUGCACAGAUUUUUGAUUGACCUUGGACACAUCUGUAUUUCGAAAAUAGAUUGCACCAGCAAAAACAUUUCCACCGGGCUGACCUCACAGAGGGUAGAAACAGUUCGGGAUGUACAGUGGAACCUCUAAAUUGGAACAUAAUCAGUACAACAUAAUCAGUACAAUUUGUUCUUCCAAAUUGUUCACAUUCUUCAAAAAGAUAAACAACAUAUUCACAGCUCACAAAAAGGAGGCAUUUGGGGCUAUACAAUAAGUUACUGUGCAUUUUAGGUUCACCCUGAAAUUUGCCCCGUAAGCCCAGUAUCUACCCAAACGACAACUAACUUUUAGUGAGUAGUGUAUGUGUUGAGACAAACCUUCAUUAACUCCACAGGUGAUUUAAAUUGUUUCAUUUGAACAUUCCUUACUGCAUGUCGUACAAGUGUAAAGAGAAGGUAACCACAGUGUAAUCAAGCUAGAAUAGAAGAAACGUCCUCAUUGUUUGCUGCCGACAGCCAGUAAUGAAGAGGGAACAGUAAGUUGUCUCUGUGGCUAUACCGCCACCUACUGGUCAUCUUUAGUACUGAUUGAGUCAGUAGGCACCAGUGGCUGCUUCCGCUGAGGUUGAGUGCACUUCUGGCAAAGUAAAAAUGUGCCAAAUUUGCUGACUGGCUUCUCUGGUUAUAUUCAUUGCGUUAUAUUUUCGGCUACAUGCUAAUUAACAUUUGCUUAGUAAAGUAAAAAUGCACCUCCAGAUGUACUUUAACCGGUAUGAGCAUGAACUGUGGUGCUCAUAUAGUACACAGCAGCCAGACGCAAUUAGUUUCAUUUCUGUUCCGAGGAGUACUUUUUUCUUUUGCCAUCGCUGGUAUUAAUCUAAACCAUUAAAACACAAAAUGAGUGCAGCUAUAGCAAUAUGGUUGGCAUUUCGUCCCACACGAUGAUGGUUUGAACCCCCGAGUUUUGCAUUUGGAGGCAUAUUUUUCCUGAAUUGAACCCCAAAUAGUUUUUCAUUUGGGGAUGUUUGACUUUCGAGGUUCUGCUGUACUGUAACUGCUAUACUUCCACCAUGAACUCUUGGUGAGAGCUCAUAAAGUGCUUUCAAGAAGAGAUGUCUCACUCAUCAAGCCAUGUCUUAACACUGUGGCUGGUGAGGUUGAUUCCUGUGCGCUUAUGUAACCAAGCUGCAUCUGCUAACAGCCUUACGUUUGGGUCCUGCGAAGUUAAUCUGAACCGCGUUCAUUUUUUCCAACUUUCUUCCCUACCUCACCCGCCCUUUUAUACAUAAAAGCAAACACAUUAAUAUUGAAAAUCUGAGAUUUAAAAUAAAGUCAUAGAGACCAGAUGAAAGCCAAAUACAUGCCUCGCGCAAUGAUCUUGAAUAGGAAUGACAGUUGAACCAGAACCGCAGCGAGGUCAAAUGCAACAAGGUCACUUGUUUUCUUCCAGAAGCUGAAAGCCAUGAAAUGCCCCACGAUUGGUUUUCCUCCACAAAGACUGGGGGGCACUUUGUUCAGUUCACGCCGUUUGCUUUGACUUCAACCCAUGUAUUAAUAUGAGCAACGGUAGCAAAGAAAAGCAACGCUAUGACACAAUCCGGAAAGAUUUAAGGCCCUGGAAUGAGGGGCGGGAGGCGUUCUGAAGUGCUAACCCAAAAGCGAGCAAUGCCGCAACUCAGCUAUCGAGAUGUACACUGUGCCCUUUCAUUGAGAAGCAAUGAAUUCUAAUGUCUUACCUUUUUUGUCUCACUUGCAAUUCAAUGAGCAUAUUUUUGUUGUUGUUUUUUUAUUGUUAGCUUUGUGACAUUUUGUUUGGAGUCAUACAUGUCAAUUGGGAACACGCAGACGGACUUUUUCCUCCAUAAGGAUUGUGAACUGUCCCCAGGGUUCCUAAACCGGACUGAAAGAGAGAG